GGGAGGCAGGGAGACGGAGGUAGGGAGAGCAGUCAGAGGUCUAAUGAGGAAAAGGUGUUAGCAAAGGAGAUUAACUCGGAGCAGCCAGUAGACAGCAAGAAACGGGGGAGCGUGAAGCCGUGGAAGUUAAGAGAGGAUCAGCUGUAUGAAAGGUUCAACAAAAUGAGUGUCCCGCUGCCAGUGAUGACAGUGCAAGGUGCGGUCCUGCUCUGGAAGAUGGACGACAGUAAAAUAAAUACCGUUUCCCGUUCAGCUCCUCUAAGGACUGUCCUUGUAAGCCUCAGGCUGCGGAAAGUGGUGAGUCAAAAAGCUUGGAAAGAAAGGAUCCUAAGGUGGAGGGGAGGGAGCCUUUUGAGUAUCACAUGAGAUAAUGCCAAAAAUGCAUUUUGUAGCCCCCUCUGUGCUAACGUCAUUGUAGCUGUUAUUAAUAAGACAGGGACUGAACCGAGACCUCUCAAUGAGAGCCAGCAGAUAAGACGUGUGCAAGGAUAUUCCGAGGAGGAAAUUUCAAAAAGAAGAAAACCCGUUCCUCCUGAGAUCUGUCCUCCAAACCAGGCUUUGGGUUGGUCGAGGAUAUCCGAGAGCAGCGUUGCACCUCAAUCCAGACUGACCUCAAGGCGGCAGCAGUGAGCAGAGUGCCGGGCGGAUGCCCAGUCCCGCCCGAAGCCAAAGGGGAGGAAGUACAGACCCAGGAGUGAGGGCUCCCUCUGACUCCGCCUCCCUUCGCCGACGGCCAAUCAGGAUGCAGCUGGCAGGACCUAGGCGCGGGAACGGGGAGGAGCGACGAUCCGAGGACCCUUAAUCCACCGCGAGGUGGUGUCUAGUUAUACGUUUGAUACCUUUCCGUGCUGGAACUUUGUUGCUCAGACAAAAACCGAGUGCAACACUUUGGAGAAAGAUCUCGCAGUUUCAUAUAAAACUAAAUAUACAACUACUCUGUGACCCAGAAUUUCUCACCUAGGUAUUUAUUCAAAAUAGGGCCGGGCGCGGUGGCUCACGCCUGUAAUCCCAGCACUUUGGGAGGCCAAGGCAGGUGGAUCACGAGGUCAGCAGAUCGUGACCAUCCUGGCCAACACAGUGAAACCCCGUCUUAUAUUAAAAAAAAAAAAAUUUAGGCCGAGCGCGGUGGCUCACGCCUGUAAUCCCAGCACUUUGGGAGGCAGAGGCGGGUGGAUCACGAGGUCAAGAGAUCGAGACCAUCCUGGUCAACAUGGUGAAACCCCGUCUCUACUAAAAAAUACAAAAAAUUAGCCAGGCAUGGUAGCGCGUGCCUGUAGUCCCAGCUACUCGGGAGACUGAGGCACGGGAAUCGGGUGAACCCGGGAGGCGGAGGUUGCAGCCUGGGUGACAGAGAGAGACUCUCUCAAAACAACAAAUUGGGCUGCGCGUGGUGGCUUGCGCCAGCAAUUCCAGCACUUUGAGAGGCCGAGGUGGGCGGAUCAGCUGUGGUCGGGAGUUCGAGACCAGCCUGAGCAACACAGACAAACCCUGUCUCUACUAAAAAUACAAAAAGACUAAAAUUUUAGUCUCUACUAAAAAUUAACCGUGCGUAGUGGCGCAUGCCUAUAAUCCCUGGGCAAGAAGAGCGAAACUCCAUCUCAAAAAAAAAAAAAAAAAAAGUGAGAACUAGUGUGAGAGGAAGUAGGAAUGAUUGAUUACUGCCUAAUGGAUGAAAUUUCUUUUCUUUUCUUUUUUCUUUUUUGAGAUCUUUUUCUGUCGCCCAGGCCGGAGUGCAGUGGUGCGUUCUCGGCUCACUGCAACCUCCGCCUCCCGGGUUCAAGGAAUUAUUCUGUCUCAGCCUCCCAAGUAGCUGGGACUACAGGCUCACGCCACCAUGCCCAGCUAAUUUUUUGUAUUUUUAGUAGAGACGGGGUUUCACCUUGUUGGUCAGGCUGGUGUUGAACUCCUGACCUCAGGUGAUCCACCUGCCUCUGCCUCCCAUAAUGAUGGGAUUAUAGGAGUGAACCACUGCGCCCCGCCUGGAUGAAGUUUCUAUGUGAAAUAAUGAAAACAUUCAAAACUGCGUUGUGGGGAAAGUGAAAAAAAAAAAAAAAAAUCGUGUUGAUGGUUAUAUAUUUGAAAUGUACUUAAUGCCAUGAGUUAUACAUUUAAAAAUAGUUAAAAUGAUAAAUUUUAUGUCGUCUUUUUCCACAAUUUUUUUAAAUAAAAGUUUGAAAGUAAGAAAAAGAAAUUAAAAAAAAAAAAAAAAAGUGGCCGGGCAUGGUGGCUUACCCCUGUAAUCCAAGCACUUUGGAGGCCAAGGCGGGCAGAUCACCUGAGGUCGGGAGUUCAAGACCAGCCUGACCAACAUGGUGAAACCCCGUCUUUAAAAUAAAUAAAUAAAAGUUUGAAAGCCAAAACAAAAAAGCAUACUGCGAGAAAAUCUGCCGGGACAUUCUGGUGCCUUCUCUUGAAGCAGUCUGGGGUACUGCACACAGAGACAGGGGUUAGGGGAUUGGCUUCCCCUACUCUAAGUGUGCUAGGACCACUCUAAGCAGAGGGCAGUAGGAAGAGAAAACACAGGCUUUGGAAACAUACCUGGGUUCAUAAUCCCAGCUCUUUCAUUUUCUCCCUAUGUGACUGUAUGUUUCUUAUUGCUAUGGCUGCUAUAACAAAUUAUCAUACAUUUAGUGGCUUAAAACAACACAAAUUUAUUUUUAUUUUUAUUUAUUUAUUUAUUUUGAGACGGAAUUUCACUUUUGCUGCCCAGGGUGGAGUGCAGCUGCAGGAUCUCAGCCCACCACAACCUCCACUUCCCGGGUUCAAGUGAUUCUCCUGCCUCAGCCGUCCGAGUAGCUGGGAUUACAGGAAUGCGCCACCAUGCCCGGCUAAUUUUGUAUUUUUAGUAGAGGCGGGGUUCUCCGUGUUGGUCAGGCUGGUCUCGAACUCCUGACCUCAGGUGAUUCGCCCGCCUCGGCCUCCCAAAAUGCUGGGGUUACAGGCCUGAGCCACCGUGCCCGGCAACAACACAAAUUUAUUAUCUUGUCAUUCUGAAGUCAAGAGUCUGAAAUGUGUCCUACUGGGCUAAAAUCAACAGCUGUGUUCCUUCUAGAGACUUCAGGAGAUAAUCCAUUUCCUUGCCCUUUCCAGCUUUUAGAGGCCUCCUGCCUUCCUUGGCUUAGCCUGUGGCCCCUGCCUCCAUCCUCAAAGCCAGCAGUAACAUAUUCACAUCUCUCACUCUCUCACCUCUGCUUCCUUUGUCAUAUCUUCUCUGACUUUUCUGUUUCCUUCUUUCCCUUGUGAUUACAUUGGGCCCACCACAGCCUCCUCCGUCUACUGGAUUUGGUUCGCUCGGCCACCACCAUAAACCUCCUUCCACUGGCAGGGAAUUGGUACAGUCCAAUCUCCAGCGUAGAAACGCAAAGAACGACACGCCCAUUGUUACUCCCCUACCUCUGAUUGGCUGGAUAAUUUAAAGAUCCAGUCGGUGAUUGGGGGAUUUUCUGCCUCUAGUAUUUGAAAAAAUUUCUAGUUUCGGAGCUUCGCAUUCGGCUGGCUGCCAUCGGCUUGUUCAUCUGAGUGUCGACACGAGUGAGCGUCUGCCGGAGCCCCGAGGUGGGGAGCAAAGAGCCUGAUUCUUCUAGGGGUUUCCCGCCGGGAGGGUGCAGACGAACCUGCAGAGGCGGUGGCGAUGCUUUCUGGCACGGAGGCGGCGGCAGGGGACUACGAGGACUCGGAGCUGCGGUGCCGUGUGGCUGUGGAGGAGCUGAGCCCGGGCGGGCAGCCGCGAAGGCGCCAAGCCCUGCGCACCGCGGAGCUGAGCCUGGGUCGCAACGAGCGCCGCGAGUUGAUGCUGCGACUGCAGGCGCCGGGGCCCGCAGGGCGGCUGCGCUACUUCCCUCUGCGCGCCGCGCGCCUCUUCACGCGUUUCGCCGCUGCUGGGCGCAGCACCCUGCGGCUCCCGACUCAAGGCGCCCCAGGGGCCGGCGCGGUGCAGCUGCUGCUCUCCGACUGCCCCCCGGACCGCCUGCGCCGUUUCCUGCGCACAUUGCGCCUCAAGCUGGCUGCGGCCCCGGGUCCCGGGCCCGCCUCUGCCCGCGCACAGCUGCUGGGCCCGCGGCCCCUCGACUUCGUCACCAUCAGCCCUGUGCAGCCUGAGGAGCGGCGGCUUGGGGCAGCCACCCAGGUUCCGGACACCACAAUGGUGAAGCGGCCUGUGGAGCCCCAGGCAGGGGCCGAGCCUAGCACAGAAGCCCCAAGGUGGCCCCUGCCUGUGAAGAGGCUGAGCUUACCCUCCACCAAGCCACAGCUUUCUGAGGAACAGGCCUCUGUGCUGAGGGCCGUCCUGAAAGGCCAGAGCAUUUUCUUCACUGGGAGUGCAGGAACAGGGAAGUCAUAUCUGCUGAAGCGAAUACUGGGCUCACUGCCCCCCACAGGCACUGUGGCCACUGCCAGUACUGGGGUGGCAGCCUGCCACAUCGGGGGUACCACCCUUCAUGCCUUUGCAGGCAUCGGCUCAGGCCAGGCUCCUCUCGCCCAGUGUGUGGCCCUGGCCCAAAGGCCGGGCGUGCGGCAGAGCUGGCUGAACUGCCAGAGGUUGGUCAUUGAUGAGAUCUCAAUGGUGGAGGCAGACCUGUUUGACAAACUGGAGGCCGUGGCCAGAGCUGUCCGGCAGCAGAACAAACCAUUUGGAGGGAUCCAGCUCAUCAUCUGUGGGGACUUUCUGCAGCUGCCACCUGUGACGAAGGGCUCCCAGCCCCCACGGUUCUGCUUCCAGGCCAAGAGCUGGAAGAGGUGUGUGCCAGUGACCCUGGAGCUGACCAAGGUUUGGAGGCAGGCAGACCAGACCUUCAUUUCUCUACUGCAGGCCGUGAGGCUGGGCAGGUGCUCAGAUGAGGUGACCCGCCAGCUCCAGGCCACAGCUGCCCACAAGGUGGGGCGAGAUGGGAUUGUGGCCACGAGGCUCUGCACCCACCAGGAUGACGUGGCCCUCACCAACCAGAGGCGGCUGCAGGAGCUGCCAGGUAAGGUACACAGAUUUGAGGCUACGGACAGCAACCCUGAGCUAGCCAGUACCCUGGAUGCCCAGUGUCCUGUUAACCAGCUCCUUCAGCUAAAGCUGGGAGCCCAGGUGAUGCUGGUGAAAAACUUAUCAGUGUCUCGGGGCCUGGUGAACGGUGCCCGAGGGGUGGUAGUCGGGUUUGAGGCUGAAGGGAGAGGUGAGUGUUGGGAGGAGGUGGCAGUCCAACUUCCAGGCUUUGCAGCAUGGCCCUGGGGAAUGGUGGGGGAGAAAAAGGUUAGGAAGGAAAGCUCCAAAGGCCCCUGCUCCUCACCUCAGAGCCCUGAAGCAGAGCUAAAGUCAGACUGCUCUGUGCCCUCCUUAGGGCUACCCCAGGUGCGGUUCCUGUGUGGAGUCACCGAGGUCAUCCGCACUGACCGCUGGACAGUUCAGGUCACCGGGAGCCAGCUCCUUAGCCGGCAGCAGCUGCCCCUCCAGCUGGCUUGGGCGAUGUCCAUCCACAAGAGCCAAGGCAUGACCCUGGAUUGUGUGGAGAUUUCUCUGGGCCGGGUGUUUGCCAGUGGCCAGGCCUAUGUGGCCCUUUCCCGGGCCCGCAGCCUGCAGGGCCUACGUGUGCUGGACUUUGACCCCAUGGCAGUUCGCUGUGACCCCCGCGUGCUGCACUUCUAUGCCACCCUGCGGCGGGGCAGGAGCCUCAGUCUGGAGUCCCCAGAUGGUGACGAGGCAGCCUCAGACCAGGAGAACACGGACCCAAACCUCUGAGCCUCACCUGCAAAGAGAAGACAAAGGGUGGCCUCCCCAUCCUCCUGCUCCCUAGUGGGCCAGGGCCCCAGGGAGUAACUGGAGGAGGUGGCCAGUGUCCCCUUCUGUAUUUUUUAGGGGCUCUCAGCCUCCUGGCAGGGUUAAAUGGAGAGUGCUUUCCACCCAUGUGCUAGCCGUGUUUCAGUUUCUCUCACUUUUCCCUGGGUGAGCUGCUUCAGGGUCAGAAGUAACCCUUUCUGUGCCAGUCGAGAAUGAGCAUGUGUGGUAGCUGGUGUCAGAGGACAGCUCUCUGCAAGGGCUGGACACAGAGCUGCAGAGUCCUGAACACCCCUCCUUUUGGGCUGCAGGAGGGAGAGGCAGUGAAAACAUGUGCUCUGGAAGUAGAAUCAGGCCUCUCUUGGAGGGGACCUGGGGAGCACUCAGGCUGGAUACAGCCUCCAAACAGAGAAUGGAAUUUAGGUGCGUCUCCACAGGUAGGCCCAGCCUAGCCCAGCCCAGCCCAGCCCAGAACAAACACCCUUCCGAGCCUAACCUGAGAACAUAAGCUGCAAAAUGUGUACCCAUAUUUUAAGCUGCUUUUUCAGGUGAUGAAUAGUGUUUGGGGACAUUGAAAUGGGUGUUCUCAGGUUGUAUUUAUUUUGGACAAAUAAACUAGUGAAUUG